AUGGGCAAUGGAAUCGGAGAUAUUGGAGCACAACAUUUUGCUGAUGGAUUACGACGGAACAUAACACUCACCACACUGGAUCUCUCUUGCAAUCAAAUCGGAGAUAUCGGAGCUCAACAUUUAGCUGAUGGAUUACGACACAAUACAACACUCACUACACUAGAAAUCUGGUGGUACAUGGUGGAAGCUAAAGCUAAAGAUAUAAUCGGUGAAUUUCUGGAACGCAAUAGAAACAGAGGACAAUAG